CCACCAGUCCCCCCAGAACAGAGCCCAGGACACUGGCCAGGCACAGCCAGUGGAGCCAUGACUGUAUGGGAGCCAGGGGGUCCCAAGGGUGUCACAUCCUGUGACCAGGAUGUUCCCAGGGGUCUCAUGUGUCAGGACUGGGGUGUCCUCAGGGAUGUUACGUCCCAACCAGGACGGGGCUGUCCCCAAGGGUGACCCAUCCCAGCACCAGGGUGUCCUCAGGGAUGUUCCAUCCCAGGGUAAAUGUGUCCCGGGGUGUCACAUCCCAUACUGGACGUCCCCAGGAACAUCCUGCUGGCACUGGGCUGUCAGGAUGGGCACCCUGGAGAUGGUGACACACCACAGGGCAAUGCCACUCACAGGAUGGAUCUGUCUCUCUGAUCUAAUUUUGUCUGGUUUAAUUGUUCCAGGAGCAGGAAUGUCGGGAACAUCCCUGUGUGGGAGCACCGGGACCAUCCCUGUGCCAGCCACUGACAGGAUUUUGUCUCUGGCAGGAUCAGGGUCAGAGCUGGAGGAGAAUGGUAGGAGUGGCAGCAAGAAACUGGACACCAUGACCCUGAUUAAGGAAGACAUGGACAUCUUCGGGCACUGCCCUGCGCACGACGACUUCUACCUGGUGGUGUGCAACCACUGCAGCCAGGUGGUGAAACCCCAGGCCUUCCAGAAGCACUGUGAACGCCGGCACGGCCCGCUCAGCAAGCUCUAUGCCCGUGCCACCGCAUGCCACGUCGCCGUGAACGGGCAGCCGGUGCCUGGCAGGACCCCGGGAGCGGCCAAAGCCCUGCAGGAGAAACAUCCUGGUGCCCGUGGGAGAGCCCAGCCCCUCCCUGAGCACACGGACAAGGAUAACAACCUGUGCUUGUUUGUGCCCGUGGUGAACCUGGAGAAGAUUCCCAGCAUUCCCAAACCGGACGGGCACGGGAUCAAGGUGCCCCCCAAAGCCGUCCCCACCAACUCCAAGGAAUCCCUGGGGAAACCCGCGGCUGCCGCGGUGCCCAGAGAGCCCCCGGUGCCGGCCGGGGUCGGGGGGGAUUCGGCCAUGCCGGAGAGCAUCCCUGCUCCGGGGGAGAAGGAUGUGGGGGCCCCCAAAGCGCCCCCCAGGUCCCACAGGAAGCUGGCGCGUAAGGAGUGUGACCUGAACCGGCAGUGUGGGGUGCGGAACCCCGACACCAACAAGCUCUGCACCCGCCUGCUGACCUGCAAGAUCCACUCGGUUCACCAGCGCCGGGAGGUGCAGGGUCGGGCCAAGGAUUUCGAUGUGCUGGUGGCCGAGCUCAAGGCCAGCACCCGCCGAGGGGACCCCCCAAAAGACAGGAGCCCCCCUGAGAAGGACCCACUGCACCCUGCCCUGCAGGACACCCCCUCACUGCUGCAGCCCCCCAAUACCCCUCCCUGCCGAGCCAGGCUGUCCCACUGCUUGCACCCCACCAGGGCCCGACUUUCCUCUGACAGUGACCCUGAGGAUGCUCCGGCCACCUCUGGGGAGGGGAGCGUGGAAAGCUUCCCCCUCCCCCUGCCCAAGGGGGGCAGCCGCGUGUCCAGCGAGGAGAGCGAAGAGGAGGGGGGCGAGGAGCCCCCCCGGACCCCGAUGCGCCCACCACGGCCUCAGGCGUUCUGCACCUUCGGGAGCCGCCUGGUCACCCCGGGCUGUUACGUGUUCGACCGACGGCUGGACCGGUUCUGCGCCGCGCUGGGCUCCAUGCUGGAGCGGCACCUCAGCGCACACAGGUGGAGGUGAGGGGGCCCCGGCUGCUGAGGGGGGCAGGGGACAAAGCCACACGGACACAGAGAGGGUUUGUGCUCCACCAGGUCCCGGAAUGGUGUUGGGAUUGGUGGGGAGGAAGGAAGCGGGGAUUUGGGGGGAUCUUGUUGCACCCCCUCCCCAUUCAAACUGAGCGGGGUGAGGAUGCAGGGAUGAGAGUGGGAAACUGGAGGGGGUCUCAUUUCACCCCAUUCCGACCCAAACUGAUGAGGAUAAAGUGGGGAUGGAGGGAUGGGAGCAGGAUUUGGGACCCCCUCCCUACCUGGAUCAGGAAGGAUUGAAGGGGACAAAGAUGGGAGUGAGGAUUUGAGUGGUCCCGUUUCACCCCCUUCUCACCGAAAUUGGGAAGGACAAGACGGGGAUGCAGGACUGAGAGCAGAGAUGGGGGGAGGGGAGGUUGGGUUUCACCCCCUCCUCCCCUGAACUGGGGUGGAACAAGGCGGGGGUGUAAUGGGGAUUUAAGGGUUUCACCCCUUCCCACCCAAACCCGGGAGGAUAAGGUGGGGAUGCAGGACUGGGAGCGAGGAUUUGUGGGGGUUCCCAUCUCACCUCUCCCCCCGCUGAACUGGGGGGACGUGGUUGGGAGCAGGAGUUUUGGGGGUUCCCCAUCUCACCCGCCCCCUCCCUUCCCACA